CCCCCGCGGCGAGAACCCCCAGAAGGCCACCAGCCCACCACCCACGCGCCGAAGCAGCUGCUGCAGGGCUUGCCGCCGCCGCCACCUCCGCAAGCGCAGCCCGCGUCCAUGGCGAAGGGCAAGUUCAAGCACAAGCCCACGGGGGAGCGCACCUUCUCCUCCCCCGAGGAGAUCGCGGCUGGUACUUCAGCAGACCGUCCAAGAACCUUUAAGAAGCAAGGUGAAAAUGAUGUCUAUGAUAGAAGGGGAGAACCAGAACAGGAAGAAGAAUCUGAAGAUUUUGCAAAACCCAAAUACAAAGGUACAGAAGGUCUUAUUGAGAUUGAGAAUCCAAACCUGGUGAAACCAAAGAACAUAAAACCCAAAGACAUUGAUAUUGGUAAGACAACUGACAUGUCCAGGCGUGAAAGAGAGGAGCUUGAGAAACAGCAAUCUCAUGAGCGUUAUAUGAAGCGUCAGGAGCAAGGAAAAACAGAACAGGCUCGGAAAGAUUUAGAGCGCCUUACUUUAAUUCGGCAACAAAGAGCAGAAGCUGCAAAGAAGCGUGAAGAGGAAAAAGCUGCCAAAGAGGAGAGGAAGGCUGAAGCGCGCAAGUGACCUGGCAAAGUAUGGACACCAUAGGGUUUUAUGGGAUCUGUGGCAGCUGAAUGACAGUAGUAGUUUCCGUGCUUCUGAUAUCGUUUGAAGUCUCUUUUACUGCAUUUAUUACCACUUUUUAGUAGUAUGCAAUUGCAUUUGUAUGUUGGUGGUGCCUCUCAAUGACCACGGAUUGUCAACUUUGAGGGUGGCGAAGUAGAGUAAUGGCAACUAAUCUGGACAA